AUGGACUUGGCGAGCAACGCUGGUGUCUCCUGCCGCGUGUGGCUUCCCGACUCAGUGCUGGCAGCCGGGGCAAAGCUGAAAGAAGCUUUGGAGGGCAUACGCAGUGCCAACAUCGAGCACCUUCGGAGGAAGCACAUUGGUGCCAAAUUCAGCGUGAAAGGGCAACCUUCCACAGAACCUGCACCAUGGCGACGACUUCAUGUGGUUGUCACGUGUCCCACUGCACAAAUGCUUGCGAAGGCCCAAGCCGAUGUGGUGGAUCUUUGCGAGACAGCUUGUGAUGUCGCCGCAGAUAUCUUGGGACUUUCGGAUGACCAGGUACAAGAUGCUUUCGAAAAGAUUCGAGUUGAAAGGCAAGAAUCCACGAGGAUAGAAGGGCCGUUGCAAUUGCCCUUGCCAAUGCCAGCACCAAUAAGAUUCGUCAACGCAGCGGCUGCGGACACGAGUUCUAUCUGGCAGCGGGACGAAUCACCCAACCCCAAACAGGCCUCGCCAACCUCUUGGCCGCCUUCGGAAGCUGAUGCAGCGCCCUUUCUUGCGCAGCAGGGGCUUGGCACUACUCCCAAAAGUGCGACACCAGCGGUAAUGCCUCCUCGCCCGAAAGUGCGUGGCAUCCCUGCAGCCUUUGCUGUGCGGCUUCCUCGCACCGUGGAGCCCGUGUCGCUCCCGACGCCAUCGGCGAUGAUGCCAGGUCUGCAAAUGGCGCCUCCGACCCCGCUACCCGCCCGUCCUCCAAUAGCGAUGACUGCACCGCUCACACCAGCAGUGCCAUUGAUGCCGAGAGCUCCAGCAAUGCCCGCAAGUCUUGCCCCGUCUGCGGAGCUACCCGGUGGUCCUCACACGCUGGAUGCGCAUCUCGAGGUGGCGAGGUUGGCCCAAGCAUGGCUCGACCGAGGCAGCCGCAAACUUGACGAGAGGCCCAGGAAACGGGCCCGAACCAGAUUGGAGUCUGAUCCUUAUUUGGUUCGCGCAAACACGGAGAAUCCAUAUUUGACGAUGCUGAAAGAGGCAGAAGCGGAAGAUGGCAUGGCGCUGCCGGAGGACAGCCCCAUGCCCCCGCCCAACAGCAUUGUGGCCCACAAGCGCAAGGCGAAGUUGCAGGGAAUUCCUGGCCCACCAAAGGUGGGGCAAGAGGCCCAGCAGGUGGUGGACGAAGAGUCCAAGUCAAAUUCCUCGACAUCUGAGUCGGACUCCGACUCCGAAGGAGAGGAGUCGGAGGAACCUGACGAUGAUGAGGUUGAGGAGUUGGACGAUGCUGCGAUUCCUUCAGCAUCAAGUGCGGCAGGAGUUCAGGUACAUCUGGGUUCUGAACCACGGUUGCAGCUGUACAAGCUUGGAGCCAAGUGUUGCGACGUCUUCGCGCAUUUCGUGGGUGGCAACGAAAACUCACUUCCGGAAAAUCACCGGCUGGACAUCGAUCAGCGGGUGCGCCUCGAACACUGUCGCAGGCACCUGCAGUGGGCAGAUGACCUCACCACAGUCUGGCAUUUCUCCUUGUCAGAGGCUCGCGAGAAGGAUGCCUGGGCUGCUCUUCGUAACUACUUCGUCUCCCGGAAGCGCGUGGGGCUGUCGGAGCUGCCUCGGAGCGUGGUGUACAUCGUUCCUCCAGACCAAGAGUUCCUUUCAGAGCUGGGUCUCCCUGCCGCUGCGGAGAGCUUGGCUGGAAGUUUGCUGGGUCUCCAGGUUCCCCUGUACCAGUCCGAGGGCAACCCACCUCAAGAUCGAGAUCCUGAACUGCCUGUCCCGAUGGGGUUGCCUUCCGAGCAAACGGAGCAAGCAACUCAGCCACCGACAGCGGAGAUGCAAGCAGCACCGGCAGUGGUAGCAGAGCCGGAAGCAUCGGUACCGCAGGCACAGGCUUCAGAAGGCCUUCCCGCAGAGCUGUCGCUUGAGCUCCAGACUGAAGCAGGAGCAGAGCAAGGAAAUGUCGACGGCAUGUCUGCCCCAGCACCUUCAAAGUUCUUGCCGGAUGACAAAAGCGAACCCCAAGCACAGUUGGACGACUUGGUCGAGAGGCUUGAGGAAAGAAGUGGUCAUGUGAUGCAGGACGCACAGGCUGGAGGCAUCCCCGAGACCUGCGAUACGACGUCACAAGUGCAGAUGGGAGAGAUGCAGGACGCUGUGAUCGAAGUGGCUGGUGUUUCUGAAGGUGCUGGCGAUGAGACUCUUGCUGGGCCUGCCAUGAAGGAAGGGGUUGUCAGCCGGACCACAGCGGACACAUGCUCGAAAGCUGAGCCAAUCCGGGAUUCUUCAGAUCAGAAUGAAGACGGCGAAGCAAACGGCAGCCAGCCUCCGGACGAUUCCAGUGCAGGCGCCGUCCCACUUGAAGAAGACUUGCCCGCGUAG